AUGCAACCACCACAACUCAAGUUUGAUGACAAGUUCAACCUUCCCGACGGCAAGCUCAUCGUAGUCUCGCAAGGCUUAGGAUUUCGUAUCCAUCAAGAUGACAUUGCUCGUUGGAACCCAGAACUUGCAGACGCAGUGGUCCGUUUGACUGCUGACGGCACAGCUCCUAUGGAGAUAGUUGAAGAUGAGAGUGUUGAUGAAGAUGACGGUAUGAGCCCUGUUCCAUCAGGGGAAGAUAGGGAAGGAUAUACACUCAGUUCAAGUCACCUGCUGGAAGAGUGCGUAGUCCUCCAUUUGGACAUCGAGGCAGAUGAUAUUCGUCGCUUUCUCGGAGCUGUCUAUAGCAUGGAUAUGACACGGUCAACAGAGCCAAAGGACUUCGCUACCAUUGCCUCAGUCCUCCGACUCGCUUACUACUUCAAAAUUCAAGAUCUCAUCGAUGGUCUUCUCAAGAAGAUCUGCACUUGGUUCCCAAAGACGCUGGACGAGUGGAAAGCUUUCGUCAAUGACGAAAGUCCUUCACUUGUGCUGAAGCCCGACGAUAUUGUCACAGCAAUCAAAGUUGCUCAUAUGACUGACACCAUGUCUAUUCUUCCUACGGCACUCUAUCGCUGCUGCAGUCUUGACGCAUUCGAGCUUGCGAGAUGUUCAUGGCACGAUCAUCUCAUGAAGGAAUCGUAUGCAAAAUAUAUUGGGAUCAUCUCCUCUAGCCGGGUUCGUUUAGCAUUCAAGGCCGAAGAUGUAUGCGCGAUAUCGCUGAAGGACAUCAGUCCCACGUGUGGGACUGCACCGCUAUGCACGCGUGAAUUAGACCAGUUGAGAGAAAAGCAUACCCCGGAAGCGUCAUUGGCAUCACUUCACAUCAUUGACACUCUCACACUUAUCCAUGAAGACAUUCAUGCGCGGAGGUCUGGAGAGAGCGGUUUCUGUGAUGAAUGUGUAGUGCACGUGCAGCGCGGUAUCGCCAGGCUGCAGGAGGAGUACUGGCGUGAAAUGCCAAAGUUCAUGGGCGUUGAUUCCAUAGUGCAAGACUGGUCUUGA